ACACUGUUCGAUUCUGUAUUGUCAGUGCUACCAAGAGCCGACAACCAGCAAGUAUUCUCUUCGAUAUUUCAGUACAGUUAAAUAUGUCUUUGAAGAACAGGAAACUAUUUUAAUUGUGCGUCGGGAACACUGUCAUUCUGCCAUUUACAAAGACUAAAGAAACGUUUUUAAACCAGGUUUAUUCUCGCUUUGUAGAUGUCUCUGUUGGAAAACUAGGAACGGGAAGACGCUGAUCUGUGAACCAAGAUGAGUGGGACCAACGCGUUGUCUGGAGCGGCGCCCUGCGGCUUCGCUCACUACUUUGUGAUAUGCGGAAUAGACACCGAAACUGGGCUGGAACCGGACGAAUUAGCCGGUGAACGUGUGAUGAAGCCUCAGAUCCUGGAGGUGAACUUCAGUCCAGACUGCGCCCGGGCCUGCCUCUAUCACCCUGGCUUCUAUGACCACAUGUUCCAAACGCUCUUCCUGGAUGAGGCUGAUCAGUGCCCUGUCACUCAGGUCUCAUGAUGACUUCUAACCCCUGAACUCAAACACCUUCCAUAUUACGCAGUUGAAAAGACCCAUUUGGAAAAUGUGUUUUUCCCCUUUCUUGUAGGAAUUGAUCAUGAGUAAUGGUCUGGACCAGAGGUGCCAAAUUAAUUUUGCCCCGUGGGCCACAUUCGGUCUCCACCGAGGUCCGGAGGAUCGCUCUUAAAAUGGAUUAUAUUUCCUUGCCAUCAAAAUUAGCAAAGAAAUUGUUUUUAAAUCACUUUUGGAUUUUUCUAUGCUCACUGACUGUCUAGAUUUUGUUUCGAUGACUGUAGGUUCAUGAUCAUUUCUACACAGUUUUGAUUUGGCUUUAGUAAUUUUGAAUGUCAAAUGAGUUUUUCCCCGAAUGUAUUUAUAUUUUUUUAUAAAUUCAAACCUCCUGCGGGACGGAUUGAAGGGCUUGCGGGCCGGAUCUGGGCCACAGGCUUUAUUUUUGACACCCCUGGUCUGGACUGAUGCACACUGAUCACUCUCACACACCCACCCACCCACACACCCACCCAGUGUAAAGUAGGUAGGCCCAGAGUAGGGGUGGUAAGGGGAGGCCAAGGUGGGGAAAGAGUGGGGACAAAGUAGAUGUUGGGUAGGUGAUCUAGAAGGAGGACAAGAGGAAAGGCAAGUUUUCGCCACUCCAGUACAAAACACUGGAGGAAGUCAACCACUGCACUUCCUGCUGGAGAGGACUGCUGAUCAGGCAGUCUCUGUCUCACACACACACUUAAGCCCUUCACUCCUACAUAUCUGUAUCCUGUAACAGGGAGAGAGAGUGAAGUAAGGGCCUUGCACUGUUCUGCUCUGUGGUUUCUCUCUCUUCUCUCUGUCUCGAUCCUUCUCCAACUUCUAAGGAAACAGGUUUAUGUUGUAUAUUUUCUGAUUGGUAUUAAACCUCAUGGAAAUGAACUGA